AUGUUUGCUGCUGCAACCAAAAACUUUGUUAAACAGGUUGGUGAUGGAGGAAGACUAGUUCCAGUGCCCAGUCUCAGUGAAGCUGAUAAAUACCAACCUCUGAGCCUUGUGAUUAAGAAAAGAAAAUGUUUGCUUUCAAAAAAGUCUAAAUUUGCUUCAACACCUUUCACAUUAAAAGACAUUCUUCAAGGGGAGAAAGAAAUUUCUGCAGGUGUCUCAUCUUACCAGUUGCUCAACUAUGAAGACAAAUCAGAUGUUUCACUUAAUGGUAGAAGAGGAAAUCAGAUAAUGAAUGAUGUUGGUUUUGAUGUUGCUGGAUCAGAUUCUGUUGCCUUUAAAGCUUCGUUUGGCAUAGUGACCAAACAUGAGGUUGAAGUACCAACAUUACUUAAAGAACUCACUACAAGAAAGAUAAACUUUGAUCAUUGUCUAGUCCAUCAAUCAAGAAAAAGUAGGAUGGAAAUUUUGUGCGUGGUCAUGGAAAGUAUUAGAACUACAAGGCAGUGCUCAUUAACUGUUCAUACUGGAAUGCGUGGAGAGACAAUGAGGUUUCACAUUAUUGAAGAUCAGAAUUAUAAAGGGAGGGACAAAGCCAUUGUUUUUCCUGCGCAUACGACUAUUGCUUUUAGUGUAUUUGAACUUUAUAUUCAUUUGGAUGGUAAUUUUGAACUCUGUGUGACUCCAAUUUCAAAAGGAGGAUUUGAAAAAGAGAAAUCUGGAUCAUCUUCACUGACCAAAUUAAGGAGGUUAAAGAGUAAUCUGUUUCAUCGAAAUAAAAGAGUAGUGGAUACCAUUGCUAACUCUGAUGCUUACUUCGAGGACCUUUUUACAGAUUAUUAUGAAAAAGCUGCGAGCAUGACUGAUCUCUCUACAGGCUAUCUCAGAGAAGGGUCUCAUAUCCGAAUUAAUUUACUUAAUAACAACAUCCCCAAAGGUCCCUGUGUCCUUUGUGGAAUGGGAAGUUCUAAAAGGGAGACAGUCUACGGAUGUGUAGAGUGCUCUUUUAAUGGACAAAAGUACGUACGAUUGCAUGCUGUGCCCUGUUUUGACCUCUGGCAUAAGAGAGUGAAGUAACUGAGCUAGGUAAGUGCCUGUUGUCACAGGCAUGAGCAUAACUGUGCCACAAAUUUUCAGAGUUAAUAAAUAUGACUCAAAUUGUUGAAAUGCAAAAUAGUGAAAGUGCAAAACAUUUUAUUACACUAUUAUCUUCAAAUUAUUUGCUUCACAGUCAAUGACCUUUUAGUUAAAAAUGCCCUCAUGCAUUCCCUGACAUAGCUUUUCUUCUUUCUAGAACCUUCUCCAUUCAUUAUCAUGAUAAUGAAAAAUGUACGUUUAAACUGAAUUUCCAUAAUGUUAAAAUAUAUGCUAGAACUUAUUGUAAGUUGUUUACACAAACUUGUUGUUAAAUCCCAAAAUGUUGCCUUUAUCUACACUGGCACAUGAUAGUAAAAUGAGAAUAUUUGUUAAUAAUUUAGUGUUCUCAUGAAUGUUUAAUUGAAGUAUCAGAUUAAAAAAAACAUGCGAAAACUUA